UUAUGAAUAAGCCUGUGGAUUGCGUCAGAUCGAUCAUCAGUUACACAGGAGUGAGGCAGUGGACCGUAAAGCGGUCUAAGAGAGACUUUACAAUGAACCGCUUAUCAAGGCUUCAUCAUGAAAAAGUAAUAUCAGUUCAUGAUGGUAAUGCAGUGCGACACGCUGCUGCAUUGUUAAAAUCCGGCAACGUUAUAGCCCUUCCGACGGAUACCGUUUAUGGAUUAGCAUGUAGUGCAAACAACCCAGAAGCAAUACAAAAGCUUUACGACAUCAAAGGGCGGCAUGAGCUAAAACCCGUCGCUAUAUGUGUACCAGAAGUCGAUGAUUUACGUCGCUGGGGUGAGGCAAAUCAUCUCUGUAGUGAACUGUUACAAGAACUUUUGCCGGGCGCGGUUACCAUCGUGGUAAGAAGGUCCAACAAUUUAAAUAAUCCAUACCUUAAUCCAGGCACUUCUAAGAUUGGGAUUAGAAUACCGGAUUUUAAGUUCAUCCGUGAUGUUUCGCGGCACUUCCCCCUCCCGAUAGCGUUAACAAGUGCCAACAAGAGCGCCAGCCAGAGUACUCUGAAUGUGAAUGAGUUUAAAUGCCUCUGGCCUAGCCUUGCCGCGGUGUUUGAUGGGGGCCAACUUGGACUUUCAGAACAGCAAAGAGCGGCAUCUACCGUUAUCGAUCUAUCAGACGAAGGAUCGUACAGUAUCAUAAGAUCCGGCGUGGCAGUAAAGCACACUACAAGUACUGUUGAAAAAUAUGGGUUCUUUCCCAAAUAGUUGCAGAAGCAAUAAAGUAAAUAAAAAGAUAGAUUGUAAGC